AUGUUUAGUGCCGUGGGGGAUCAUCUUAGUGGGACCGCCCUUCGAGAGGAUUACAACUACGGGCGGCCCGGUCAGCAGAUGCUGCUACUGGCCGGUCGCCAAAACGGUAGCACUUUGGGCGACUCCAACGGUUCGCUCAACGCGGAUAAGGCGUUACUAAUGAGCGUACCAACCGUUGGCGUGCUGCUGAUGGCUACAUCGUACGGCCCGUAUAUGGAGCUACCGCCCACCAGCGUGCCCGGGAUACCGCCGGGACCGAACGAGUCUUCCGUCCACUAUCAGCAAACCACCGUCCACCCGGUCCCGGACACCACACUGUCUCCGGCGCUCGACUUUGACCAGCAAACGUUUGUGUACUACGCCGAGGUGCUGAGCGUGAUCAACUUCUACUACGUCCCAGCGCUCGUACUGUUCGGCAGCAUCGGUAACGUGCUGUCGGUGCUGGUGUUUUUCAAAACCAAGCUGCGUAAACUUUCCUCCUCGUACUAUCUCGCUGCGCUCGGGCUGAGUGACACGUUCUACCUGAUUGGCCAGUUCGUUGCCUGGCUGAAUUUGGUCGACCUGAAAAUCUACAUCCAGGAAGUGUGCUGCCGAUUCUUCACCUUUUCCAGCUCGCUGUGCUGCUUCCUGUCUGUCUGGUUUGUGGUCGCGUUCACCGUCGAGCGGUUCAUUGCCGUGCUGUACCCGCUAAAGCGCCAAACCAUGUGCACCGUGCGGCGGGCGAAGAUCGUUAUCUUCGCGCUGACAAUCGCUGGCAUUUUCAUCAGCUUGCCGAUAUUUUUCUUCGCCUCGCCCCAGUUCUCCGCCUCCAUGAACGACACCAUCUGCGAUAUCGUGCAAGAGUACAAAGAUCAAGCGGCCAUGUUCAACUUUCUCGACUUUAUACUGGUGUUUGUGGUUCCCUUUACGAUAAUUGUCGUGCUCAACACGAUCACCGCACUGACGGUGUGGAAGUUUGCCAGCAUCCGACGCACGAUGACCAUGCCACGGAGUUACGGGGCAAAUGUGCGCGAAUCCCGACGACAGCUGAACAUAUCGAACAACCAACUCUUCGGCAAUGGUACCGUUCCCGUCCAACAGAUACAACUUCUCAGCCGUAGCCGGGUUGCGAAUUCUCAAAUCAAGGUUACCAAAAUGCUGCUUAUCGUUUCCACCGUGUUCGUUUGCUUGAACCUGCCCAGCUACAUUGUGCGAGUGAAGAUCUAUCUCGAGACGGAACACACGAACAUGAACAUAUAUUUGGUGCAGAACUGUUGUCAACUGUUUUUCAUGACGAACUUCGGCAUCAACUUCAUACUGUAUUGCGUUAGUGGCCAGAACUUUCGGAAAGCGAUUUUUGGAAUGUUUCAAAAGCGCACCCAGCGGCAAAUAAAUCUCGAGCAUACCUCCGGCACGCAGGUUACAGAGUUCGUCCUACGCUCCAACGGUUCUAAGAUGCGGCGGAACACCACCAUGUCGGACACCGCAGAUGUGACAACGUGGCGGGAGCUUGCCGACUAUGAAAUUACAAACUUCAUUAAGUAGUAGCCGCCUGU